AUGUGGCUCGCCGAUGGAGAUCUGACAAGGUGGUUUGCAGGUGGCUCGCCGGUGGGGAUAUGGCAAGGGGGUUUGCAGAUGGCUCGCCGGUGGGAAUUUGGCAAGGGGGUUUGCUGGUGGCUCGCCGGUGAGGAUAUGGCAAGGUGGUUUCAUGGUGGUUCAUCGGGUGGGGAUUUGACAAGGUGGUUCGCAGGUGGGGAUUUGGUAAGGUGGUUCAGUGUGGUUCACCAGUGGGGAUUCUGCAAGGUUGUUCAGUGGUGGGGAUCUGGAAAGGUGAACCAAAGAGAAGGAGGUUUAGCAAAGUAUGAGACUCCCACCAUCAAAGCAAAUGAAACAAACAUCCUCAUACAGAACUCUCUGGGGCGUUUUGGUGCAACGAUUAGGGCACCGAUUGUGAAGAUUGUUAAGGGCAGGAAAGUCGCUCAGGGAAAAUUCUCACUUACGGCUGAAGCGUGUGAAUAUUCGUCUGAAAACUUGACGCCACCUGGUUAUUGUAACGAGGGAAAUGAGAAGACUAUUGUUUAUGAAUUCGCGGAGCGUGGAAGUUUGGAUUUCUAUUUUCGGUUCAAAAAUGGGAAGUAUACUAUUCCAUGGGUGCAAAGACUCAAAAUUGUAGUGGAUGUAGCUCGGGGACUUGAUUAUCUUCACAAUCAUCUUCAAAAGAAGCAAGUUAUAAUCCACAGGGAUAUUAAAACUUCAAAUAUUUUGUUAGAUCACAACUGGGUUGCAAAGAUUUCUGACUUUGGAUUGUCCAAGUCAACGGUUACAGGUUUUGGUAGAAGUACCAUUGUCACUUACGCCUGUGGCACACCUGGCUAUGUGGAACCCGAACUCAACCAUUAUUUUACAGCAAACCCCAAGUCAGACGUUUAUUCUUUUGGUUUGCUACUAUUUGAAGUUCUGCGUGGGAGGUUGUGUAACGUCAAAUAUGAGGAGGAUGAAAUUUUAUCAGCUGAAGUAUUCGAAAAAUACUACACUAAGGGUAAAUUGAACAAUAUUAUUGAUCCUAAUUUGAAGGAACAAAUGAACUCAAACGUCUUGAGUAAGUUUUCAGCAAUCGCGUAUAAAUGUCUUCUGCGUCGAGAACAACGACCAAAGAUGGAUGUUGUCAAGAAAGAGCUUGAAGAAAUACUAAGAAUUCAGGUCUUUAAUUCAACAAAUGUACCUAGCAUGUCAGGAAUGAAACAAUGGAACUCCCUUAGACUAUCGUUCCAAGAGAUAAGGCAUGCAACCGAAAACUUCAGCAAGUUAAUUGGAACACCGGGUAUUGGUAAAGUAUACUAUUAUGGAGAACUCUCCAUCCAUAGAAUACGUAUGAAGGUUGCGGUAAAGAGGUCACCAAGUGUGUUUGGACAAGCGGCGAAUGAGUUUUUGAUGGAGAUUCAGUUUGUCUCAGGUGUACAACAUGAAAACCUCGUCAAUCUUGUUGGGUAUUGUGACGAGGAAAAAGAGAAAAUUAUUGUUUAUGAAUAUGCAGAGCGUGGAAGUUUGGAUACGUAUAUAAUGCUGAACCAUGAGAAUUACACUCUUACGUGGCUGGAAAGACUCAAAAUUGUUGUUGGUGCAGCUCGUGGUCUUGAUCACCUUCACAGUCAUCUUGAAGGGCAUCAACACAUAAUCCAUCGUGAUAUAACAAGCACACAUAUUUUGCUAGAUGAUAAGUGUGUUGCAAAAAUUUCUGACUUCGGAUGGCCCGAGCCACAAUCUUCCCCUAGCACAUUGGGCUGUCUUGAUCCCGAGUUCCUAAGCACUGUGAUGCUGACGAAAAAAUCAGAUGUUUAUUCUUUUGGUGUGUUUUACGUGGGAAGUCAGUCUACAACGAUGAAAACAAAAGUUUACCAGCAGGGCCGGCCCUGA